UCCUCCGCCGGCGCCGGGAAUGGGGAGCGCGGAGCGCGCCGGCGAGCUGGCCCGCGCCGACUUCCCCGAGGGCUUCGUCUUCGGCGUCGCCACCUCCGCCUACCAGAUCGAGGGGGCGAGAAAUGAGGGUGGCAAAGGCGAUAGCAUAUGGGAUGUAUUUGCGGAUAACAAAGAACAUAUUAUAGACGGAACCUCUGGAGAAGUUGCAGUUGAUCAUUACCAUCGAUACAAGGAGGACAUUGAGCUCAUGGCCAAACUGGGUUUCCGUGCUUAUAGAUUUUCCAUAUCUUGGUCACGAAUAUUUCCUGAUGGCCUAGGGAAGGAGAUCAAUGAGGAAGGAGUUGCUUUCUAUAACAACCUUAUAGAUUUCAUGAUCGAAAAAGGUAUUCAGCCCUAUGCAACUCUGUAUCACUGGGAUCUUCCACAUAAUCUUCAUAAGACUGUGGGGGGUUGGCUUUCAGACAAGAUUGUAGGAUACUUCGCAUUAUAUGCAGAAGCUUGUUUUGCAAAUUUUGGAGACAGAGUUAAGCAUUGGAUAACAAUCAAUGAACCUCUUCAAACAUCUGUUAAUGGUUAUGGGAUUGGAAUAUUUGCACCUGGACUAUGUGAAGGUGUAGCUGCUGAACCUUUCUUGGCUGCACAUCACCAGAUCUUAGCUCAUGCUUCUUCUGUUGAUGUCUACAGAAGAAAAUUCAAGGCUGUACAAGGUGGCCAAGUAGGGUUUGUUAUUGAUUGUGAAUGGGCAGAGCCUUUAUCUGACAAAAUGGAAGAUCAGGCUGCUGCAGCACGACGAAUUGACUUUCAACUGGGAUGGUAUCUGGACCCAAUAUACUUUGGUGAUUACCCAGAAAGCAUGCGCCAGAGAGUGGGCGAUCAUCUUCCAAAAUUCUCAGAGAAAGAUCGUGAAUUGAUCAGGAACAAAAUUGAUUUUAUUGGAUUAAAUCACUAUACAUCAAGAUUUAUUGCUAAUCAGCCAAACCCACAGCCAGAUGAGAUCCAUUUCUAUCAAGUUCAACAAAUGGAAAGAAUCGAGAAAUGGAGUAGCGGUGAAGGAAUUGGUGAAAGGGCCGCGUCCGAGUGGCUUUAUAUACUUCCUUGGGGUAUUCGGAAAACAAUUAAUUAUGUUGCAAGGAAAUAUGGCAAUCCAAUAAUAUAUGUAACAGAGAAUGGGAUGGAUGAUGAGGAUGAUCCAUCAGCAACUCUUGAUCAGUUUCUAAAUGACACAAAGAGGGUUGGUUUCUUCAAAGCAUAUGUUGGUGCGGUGGCAGAAGCGAUAAAGGAUGGUGCCGAUGUUCGUGGAUACUUUGCAUGGUCAUUCUUGGAUAACUUUGAGUGGGCAAUGGGAUUCACCAAGAGGUUUGGGCUUGUCUAUGUUGAUUACAAGAACGGGCUCUCCCGACACCCUAAAGCAUCAGCCAUGUGGUUCUCACGCUUCUUGAACGGCGAGACUGCCUACAGCAAACCUGACACAAAUUAAGCCCGCUUUCACCAAGGGAUGGCAUUGAUGUUUGUGGAUAGUUUGUCAUUCCUCGACAAGUUUGAGUGGACUACAGGAUACACCAAGAGAGGUUUUAUAGUGUAAAUGAAUUGGCUAUUGUGACAUCACAAAGUAUCAUCCCUGUGGUUAUCACGCUUAUCGUUGAAAACAUAGCUGGCAUGAACUGAGCCACCCCUCAACAAGUAAAUAAACAUUACACAGAAAUUGUUUUCCCUGUUGUUGUAUUGUACUGUAACUGACAGUGUAUCUACUCAAAAUAUAGUUGUAUCCCAUCUCUGAUGCUCUUUACAGCCUGUCAUUGAUCCAA